AUGACGGCUAUUAUCUGCCCUGGAUCUCUGCAAAGAAAAACAACAUCCGGCUAUUCUUCUUCCCGUAGCUAUGGCUUUUACCAUGUGUUUUGGAAUUCAAAUGAAAGCAGCCCUGCUACCUUGGCUGAAAUGACUCAGCCAGAGCCAAAGACACCCACGCAGAUCCUGCGCGAGAUGCUGGCCGUGUCGGUGCUGGCCGCGGUCCGCGGGGGCGACGAGGUGAGGCGCGUCCGCGAAAGCAACGUCCUGCACGAGAAGUCCAAGGGGAAGACGCGCGAGGGAGCCGACGACAAGAUGACCAGCGGGGACGUGCUGUCCAACCGCAAGAUGUUCUACCUGCUCAAGACCGCCUUCCCCAACGUGCAGAUAAAUACAGAGGAACAUGUGGAUGCCAGCGAUCAGGAGGUUAUCUUAUGGGAUCGUAAAAUUCCUGAGGACAUCCUGAAGGAAAUAGCUACCCCUAAAGAGGUACCAGCAGAAAGUGUCACUGUCUGGAUCGACCCACUUGAUGCUACACAGGAGUAUACGGAGGAUCUUCGAAAGUAUGUCACUACUAUGGUUUGUGUGGCGGUGAAUGGUCAUCCUGUCCUAGGAGUAAUACAUAAGCCAUUUUCUGAAUAUACAGCUUGGGCAAUGGUAGAUGGUGGGUCUAAUGUGAAAGCCCGUUCUUCCUACAAUGAGAAGACCCCAAGGAUCGUUGUGUCUCGCUCCCACUCAGGAAUGGUCAAACAGGUUGCUCUUCAGACUUUUGGAAACCAGACUGCAAUUAUCCCGGCUGGUGGUGCUGGUUAUAAAGUUUUAGCGCUCUUAGAUGUGCCAGAUAAGAGUCAAGAAAAAGCUGAUCUAUAUAUUCACGUGACAUAUAUCAAAAAGUGGGAUAUAUGUGCUGGCAAUGCCAUCUUAAAAGCCCUCGGGGGGCAUAUGACUACCCUGAGUGGUGAAGAAAUCAGUUACACCGGUUCUGACGGCAUUGAAGGAGGGCUGCUGGCUAGCAUCAAAGUAAACCACCAAGCUCUGGUCAAAAAACUCCCAGAUCUGGAGAAGACAGGACAUAAAUAAGCAGUCGAUUAUGGAUCACAGCACUUCCAGAGCUGAAUGGUCAGCCUGAAAUGCUGGAGGCUUCAAAUGAUUGUUGGAGACUAUGCAUGGUUAAGGCCAUCCUGAACUUUUUAAAGUAUUUAUGAAGCAUCAGAGACUUAUUUUCCCUGUAAUAGGAAGAUCAGGGAAGAUGGGUUGCUUCAUGUCUCAAGUAUUGUCUUUAUUUUUGAGACUAUUUUCGUACAGUUGUCAUACACAAGGUGCGCGUGCGUGCGUGUGUGUGUGUGUGUGUAUUAAAACCUGUAGCUGAGUCUACAUUGUUAUGAGUCACUGUUUUCACACAAUAUCAUGAAUCUUCAUUGUUAGUAAAAUGGGCUGAAGAAAGGAUUGAUUUCGUGUAGAUGUUUAAUAUUUCUUUAUAUCUCAUUAAAAACAGUAAUUUGGAGUUUUUACUCCUAAUUCAGAUGGAAAGCACAAGAAGCCACAUGUUCAUUAAUAUGCAACAAAUGUUCUAUUUAUCUGUUCCUGAAUAUUUCUUAUGAAUUAAAUAGAAAAAGCUUAAAUUGUUUUUUUCUUUGAAAUUUCAAUAACAGGUUCAUCAGCUAGUAGAGAAUAUAGAUACAUGGUGGCUGCGCUGUAAUUUUUUUGUGUGUGUGCUUUGUUUCUACAAGAAAAAAUGUGUUAUUCCCAUGGGUUCAGCUUUUCUGAUGUCUUGCUGUUGAUUUUCAGUCUCCCUGUAGACGGUGCAUGAUUUCAUUCUUUCCCUCUUGGCCAACAUUUUAGUCUUUAACUUGUAAGGUUUGGAUUAAGAUUUCAGGGUUAGUACUAGCAUUUUGCUACAUUUUCUCACUAGGGAUAAAAUAUGCUAUAAGGCACUACAAAAAUGUAAACAAUUCUAUUAUUAAUUGAAAGUUAUUUGACACUAUAUGAACUGACCAGCUUUCAUUAUUUUCAAAAGCUCUGUUUAAGUACUUUUUAAGAAAAUUGCCAGGUUUGUAUAUAGAGAUUCUCUCCUCGGGGAUGAGUUAUGCUUGCUCUUACCAUUAUUAAGUGGCUCUAGCCUAACCAAACUUUCAAAGCAGUAAAUUUUGAGAUAUUUUGUGGUUGUCCUUCAGAUUAAAACAACGAGGGUUGAAGUUAGUUUUUGAAGCGUGUUUCUAUUCAGCAUGUAGUCUGGUUGGAAGGAAGGCGGCGGCACAUUCACUGUGUCACUAAUUGGAUCCUUGCUUUGUGAAAUAUUGGGAUGUCUGAUUUCCCCUAUGGUGAUGUCUGAAAACUUUAUAUGUACAAACAGUACCAUUAUUUCAUAAGACUUUGAUGUCCUCGUAUCCAUAACACUGACAAUGAGAGGGAUUUUUCAUGGCUCCCUCCCUCCUUCCCUUCCUCCUUUCUCCUUCCUUCUUUUUCUUUUUCUUUCUUUCUUCCUCUUUAUAACCCUAAAGCAACCUUCCAUUUAUUUCCUAUCUUGGAGAUAAAAUUGACCAAAGAGUGGACAUCCUCACCUGGUGGGAUGUCUGUACAACAUAUUUGCAUAUCACACUGUUCAAACCCCUUAAUUCCUCGCUAGGAAGAUGAAUUUAGUAUGAUGCACAUGUUUCCACCCAAUCUCUAGCAACUGGUCCCAAAUCUGGUCGAGUAGUGAGCCUCAAUAGAUAGGCUUUCGUUCAGUGAAAAUUUAUUCAAGAAUUUGGGUAGUUGGAACACUUGAUAUUUAAACAGGACUUAGGAAUUCUGAACAGAAUAUGGAAGACUGCAUCUUUUUACGUAGCCAUGAGAUGAAGGAAUGAGAUGAAGGAAUCCUUUUUCUCAGGAGAGAUGGCAAAGGCAUAUGCUGUUUCCAGAGUAUCGUGGUAUAAAAGCAUUUGUGUCAUUGUAAUAUGUCAAACUUAGGGAAAUAGGAUUAGCAUAGGAAAUUGAAUUUAUUUCAUUGGAGUUCAGUUUUUCCCCCAAUAUUAUUAUAUGGAAACUUUCUGAUUUAAUAGAAAUGAAAUUAGUCCAUAUUAGCAAGCAUGAUUGCUUGGUUUUAUUUUUAAUUUUAUUAAUUUGCAUGUAGAUAAUGACUUUGUGAAGAACUUGUGUGUAAAAAUUAAGAUAUUGGCUGUCAGUUAAAUGCAUUAUUUUUAUGUUUUUGGGUAUAGUCUAGUUACUAAUGAUUUUUAAAAUGCUUUUAUAGAAAGUUUAAUUUUUUUGUUUCUAAAAGUCAAUAUACAGUACAGAACUAAUAUAACUACAAAGAGCAGUAUAUUUAUUUAUGUGAGACAUCAUACCAGAACAUACCAAACACCUUCAUGAAUAAGUGAGCCAUGUAAUAUCUCCCAGAAUUACAUACAUUAUUUCUAAAAUGUAGCAAAAUAACUAGAGUUUACUUUUAGUGACCCCACCUCCCCACCUCCCGGUCUUCCCUUUCUCUCAUCUUUGUCCUUAUUUAGAGGAUACUUUUCUCUUGAAAUUGCAUUUUACACAUCACAUUGAGUAACAAGCAACGAUGUCAAUGACCUCAGUAGCCAUCAGCUGUCCUCUUCCUCUGCCUCUCUUCACUUCUACCUUCCUCCCUCUCUCCCUAGUCCCUUAAUGUUCUCAUUUUAUUUCUGCUCCUUUUUCUUAACCAAUAUACUCUUUCCCAAACCUUAUCCAGGAAUUCUUUCAUAGACCUAUAUCUCUCAAGAUUGGCUGCUGAAAUCUUACAGUAGAACUGAAACUAGUAAAGUUUCCAGUGAGAGAUCAGUCCUGGCGGAAUCCUAGCUGACCAUUACUUUUCUGACUCCCCGGAUAAAGCAGAGGAAAAUCACCUUCAAACCACAGAGCUUUAUGCUGUCAGAUCUAAUCCACGCUUCGGUCUGUACAAAGCAAUUCUUCCAACCCAUCUUUCGAAGAAUGAAAAUGCAAGAAAAUACAAGAGAGUCUGAGUAUAUAAGCCUGUUUCAGUUGCGAUUACAAGGGCCUACAAGAUAGGUCAUAUCUGUUCUUAAUAUUCAAUUGUCCCCUUUCCCCCAGUUUUAGUGCAUUUUUUUAAAAGUAAUAUUCAAAUGAAUUGCUUAUGGCUGUAUAAUGAAAUAAGCAUUUUGGUUUAUGUGUUUUAAGUAACAGUUGUGCAAACUCUUCCUGUUUGCUGGGUGCUCCCUUUCAGUAUUGUGUAAAUGGGCAGAGUAAGUGGGGGAGAGGCAGUGGCUAAGAAAAGGGUGGGUAAGAGGAAAGCGCUCAGGGGAAGAGUGGCAGAGGGAGAAUGCAACGCAAACAUCUGCCCUGACACCUGUGAUUGGGGACUCUGCUCUUAUCUCAGGCCCUUGUCUCAGAUUUUUAAUUCAGAAAUUGGGUUUCACUCCAGCUUCAAAGGUGACAACCAUCCCUGGUAGCCCAAGCGUAAAAGAAAGCAGGAGUGCCACCCCUUUCCUCAGAAAAGAAUAUCCAGCUUGCCUCUCCUUGAUAACACCUUGAAAAGGCCCUUAUGGAUACACUCUUUGGCAAUUUAAAAACAGGAAAUUGUGUAGAUUAUUCUAGCUGCUACUACUUAUCUUGGUUAUGUGCUGAUUGUUCCUGGAUCAAAACGAUUUUUCAUUUUAGAUCUUGGUUGAAUUUCAGAAGUAUUUAAUUAUUUUUAGCAUAUGCGUACAGAAAGCCUGUCUUGUAACUAUUGCGUGAAAUAAACCUAAUCUAUGGUUUCAUUUUUAUCCUAAAAAAAAGUUGUGCCUUAACAAUAGGGCAUUGUAUGUUAAUAAGGGAAAACAAAAUCUUUUUUUAACAGAUGGGGAAAAUAGGAACUUUUUGCCAUUAAAAUUUAAGUUCUUGUAAUGUUUUUAAUAUUAGAGUUGGGGAAAAUUCAUUAAAGUUAAAUAAAAUUGAUAUAAAAUUAUUUUUGCUUAAUUUAGCAUUUACAACUAAAGUACAGUUUUGUAACUGGCAUCUAUCUUGAUGUAUAUAGGUUUGAAAUGAUACCUUAUCCUUUGGUUUUUUUAAUUUGAAUUAAUAAAAGGCCAGGAUAGAUUACAUUUUUUAAAAUUUUUACUAUUAAAUCAUUUUAGUGUGCUAUUAUAUCUCUUCUAGUCCUGAGUCACUUUGGUUUUUAAAAACUAUAUAUUUAUUCAUUGUGCCACAUCAGUAAUUUAUUACUGUUCAAAAAUACUGUAUGUUGUAUUACAUAAACAGAACAGUUCCUAGGUAGGGGAGGGUUCUGAUUAGCAGUUACUAUGAGGGCAAGAAGAAUUAAAUCCUGUACUUCAAAAGGAGGUUUUGGUUUUAUGAGAUGCUGGUUGUGUAAGUUGUUGACUAUUUCCUCAAAGCCUGGCAGGUGUUUGCAUUGCACUUUUCCAUUGGUAAAUGCUUACAGUAAAGCUUAUUCUUUUGUUUAAUGAUUUUUUACAGUUUGAUGGUGAAUUAAUUCUGUGGGAAAGUGAAAUACAGUUUUCCUUUGAGAUAAUAUAAGCCAAACUUCCAGAAGUUAAGGAUGAUGAAUAAUAUUAAAACAUCUUGUUAUACCUUGUGUUUGUAAGGGUUCCCAGAGUGUUAUAAUAAGGUAAUCUGUGUAAUUGCAAAAGCAGAAACUGAUGCUUGAUUAUUAGAAUGUUCUGUUAAAAUUCCCUUUGAGGUGUAUGUUACACACAUAGUAAAUUAUUAUUCAAGAAAGAUCCUGUAUUUUUUUAAAGAGGAACUAUAGCAUAUCAGGUCAUCAUUAGAUCAAUUAGCCUAUGAAGACUUCAUCUCUCUCCCUGUGAUGAAGCCUAUCCUUCAUUUAUGUUGAGUUAAGGAGAGGAGUGUUUAUGGGAUAUAAUUUAUGUGCAAAAUGUGGGCUUCAGUUUACCUACUCGUGGCCUGCUGCUGGCUGGGGCGGCCCCAGCUGGCUUUCCAGCCGGCGGGAGGGAGCGCUCUGCACGGUGAAUGGGCACCGCGUGGGGGGCUUUCCCCACUUGAGUGUGUUGCGCAAGCUGCACAGGGUAGGCAGGUGCAUCUACACGGGGGUUGAGUUUACACUAAAACUACGAAAUGGUGUUUCCGGUCUGUGUCCCUGCCUCUGCAAACUUCAUUUCUUAUGCUCACUUUCUGUCUCGUAUAACGGGCUGUUGAUGAUGAGAGGAAUUAAAAUAGAAAUGCCUUUGAAUGCCCCUUCCCCUCACAGGGUUCAAGCCGUGGAGGAACUGGGCCGCUUCCUGGUGGCAAGCCAGGCUUAGGGGCCAGAGUUGUCUUUCCUUUGCUUGCUGGACCCCGCCUCACCCACGCCACCAAAUUUAAGUGCCGGGGUGACAACUUCAGACUUCAGUCUCCACUAGGAAGUACAAAACUCUACCCGCCUCCCUGAUUUUGGAGCAGGUGUUUUUUCAUGUGCUUUUUGUUUCUGUUACCUAUAACACUCGUGUAUAUGUGCUGUUGUAAACGUUUAAGGACGGGAUUAUGUAUCUUGGUGAAUUUCAUGUCUCCACCUCAACCCCGGCAGCUAGCCCAAUGUCUUGAACAAAUUAGGUGCUUAAUGUAUGUUGAAUGAAAUUGAAUAAAGGGUUACUCCUAGCAUUAGCAUUUCUCAUGCCUCGGUUGUGUAAGCUGGUUGCUUGUUUUGUUUCCUCUGCAAAUAUUUAUGAUUAUCACACAUGCACACUAAAUUAUUUUUUGAAGUUGUGCUUUGGAUACUACCCCUUGGCCAAUUAGUUUUAGAAAAUGUAAUUGCCUUCAGUGAAAUGAUUAUUCCAAACUCUGCCCCUGGAGUUACUUUGCCAAACAAAUUUGAAUUUUCUGAAUAAAUUGGUCAUGUCUGA